UCUCCCCAGGUCGGGAGGAUGCGGGUCAUGAUGCCUCCAACCUUCCUCCUGCUGCUCUCCGGGCUCCUGACCCUGACCGGGACCUGGGCGGGCUCCCACUCCAUGAGUUAUUUCUACACCGCCGUGUCCCGGCCCGGCCGCGGGGAGCCCCGCUUCAUCGCCGUCGGCUACGUGGACGACACGCAGUUCGUGCGAUUCGACAGCGACGCCGCGAGUCCGAGGAUGGAGCCGCGGGCGCCGUGGAUGGAGCAGGAGGGGCCGGAGUAUUGGGAGCAGCAGUCGCAGGGCAUCAAGGGCCACGCACAGGCUUUCCGAGUGAACCUGAACAACCUGCGCGGCUACUACAACCAGAGCGAGGCCGGUGAGCGACGCGGGCCCGGGUCCAGGUCGCGACCCCCCAUCCCCACGGACGGGCCGGGGUCUCCCCGAGUCUCCGGGUCCGAGAUUCACCCCGAGGCUGCGGGCCCCGCGCGGCCCCCGACCCGGGAAGAGCCGGCCUGGAGUUUUCCGCGGUUCCAUUUUCAGUUUAGGUUUAAUCUCCGCGGGGGGGGGCGGGGGCGGGGCCGAGUGGGCGGGGCUGACCUCGGGGCGGGGUCAGGGUCUCACGCCUUCCAGCUUAUGUACGGUUGCGACGUGGGGCCGGACGGGCACCUCCUCCGCGGGUACUUUAAGUCCGCCUACGACGGCGCCGAUUACCUCGCCCUGAACGAGGACCUGCGCUCCUGGACCGCGGCGGACACGGCGGCUCAGAUCUCCAAACGAAAGAAGGAGGCGGCCGGUGAUGCGGAGGGCCUCAGGAACUACCUGGAGGGCAGGUGCGUGGAGUCGCUCCUCAGAUACCUGGAGAACGGGAAGGAGACGCUGCAGCGCGCGGGUACGAGGGGCCGCGGGGCCUCCCGAUCUCCCCUCGGGCCGGGCUGGCUUCCCAGAAACAGGGAGGAAAUGGGAUCAGUGUCAGAAUACCCUCCCUCAGAAAAGAAAGGAAUCCACCCAGGUUUUCAUGUUCUUACUAAAGACUCGCCCAAAGAGCCCGCCCUUCUCUAAAGGACAGUGAAGGAAUCCAGUUUCUUCAGGAAUAGGAGGGGAGACCUUCCCUGAAAUCGCCGUCCUUCGUUCCCUUUGACCCUGGCAGCCAUCUUGUGACCUAUGACUUUCUCAACGCCUUGUUCUCGGCCU